AUGACAAAAAUCGUCUUUCUCACUCUUCUCGCCUUAUGUUUGGCCCUUGAAAUCUUCGGCCUCAAACUCGAACAAUGUCCACCUGGGUUCCGUUGUCGCAAACGGACUACCAGCCUACUUAUGCGCUCGAUUAUCUCCAAGAUCGAAGAAGAAGAAAUGGAUGUCGAAAUUUGUGAAGCCGGCACGUACAGCCCAGGAGGAGCGGAUGAGUGCACACCGUGCGAAAAGGGCACAUACGCGGCCAAACCAGGAGCUCCAGCGUGUUAUUUUUGCCCCAAAGGACAUAUGUGUCCGCGCGCCGAUGUCGUACCCGAGCAAUGUCCAUUGGGCACCUACAAUGAUCUCUCACGUCAAACAUGCUGCCGCGUUUGUCAACCUGGAAAAUUCGCUUUACUAAAAGGCAUGUUCCAAUGUGACGAUUGUCCUUCUGGCUACAGAUGCCGAGCACGCGCAAAGUUGCCAUGCGAAGACGAAGCGAUGGAGACUACGACUACAACUACAACUACAACUACGACUCGUACAAGCGAGAGCAUUAUAACCAGAACCACCACUCCUACAAUCGAUGAAGAAACAGUUACAGGCGUUUUAAAUCGUCACAAUUGGACUGAUAUUGGAGCUGUGAUCGAUGUCACUGGAAGCAUGGCUGCUUGCUAUGCUCAGAUUGAUCAAUGGUUGGCUCUGAGUCAUACAAAUAAACUGGUUCAGUAUUUUGUCUUUUUCAAUGAUGGUGAUAAUACGCCAAAUAAGGACAAAGUCAUCGGAUCCACAGGUGGUAUCUAUGCCGUACACACAAACGAAGGGAUCGACAAAGUUUUGACAACUUUGAAUACUGCUAAGAGUAAUGGAGGAGGUGGUGAUGGUCCUGAAAAUGAUAUUGAAGCAAUUAUUUAUACGAUUGCCAAUUGUUCUACAUGUGAAAAUAUUAUUCAUAUUGCUGAUAAUCAAGCAACACCAAGAGAUUUGAUUCUCUUAGGUGAAGUUACAAAACCGAUUAAAGUCAUUGUCUGUAAAUAUAUCCCAGGUACUCUUGUCAAUCCAAAACUGUUAGACAUUGCUUACAAAACGGGUGGCUCUUUGCAUACACUUGAUUUGGAUAUUGAAACAUUAGGAAUUUUGAAAGUUGGUGAUACAAUCCAAGUGGGUACUGGCACUUAUCUGCUAGAUGUAACUGGAUUUAUACGAAUUGUUUGA